CUAAUGCAUGUAUCGGCAUAUUCAAUUAUUUUAUUUACAUCUGAAGUACGUAUCUAAAAUUUGCCAUGCAUUUUCCGAAUACAUCCCUGUAGUGAACACGCGUGCGUGACUGAAUUUCCAUCCUUUCUUCACCCCCUGUAAGCGACCUACCCUCUGAUAUUUCCUCGAACAUAGCGUUUCACCCCCUAAAAAUCGAUAUUGUGUCUGCCUGAACUCUGAACAAUUGUUGCAAAAGCAUUUUGAAUUUUGUAUAUAUGUCCUUCCUGCAAUUUUCUUGAGUUUCCCGAGUUUUCAAGGGAUUUUCACGAUUUUCAUGCUGUUGGACGUUGCUCUUGGAGGUUUUGGAGGUGCUGGAGUUGAAAAAGUAUGGCAGUAUGGUGAGAUCACCAAAGGAAAAUUUUCUCCAUGAAAUUCCAUCUUGAAACGAUUUAUUAACGACGUACGUUUAUACUUUUCAGGACACUUAAAUUAUUAGUUUAAUAAAAAGAUGAAUAAACAAUUUGAAAUGGAGGAGCCAAAGCCUACUUCCUUGUAUAUGGAGCAACUGAAGGCUAUGUUGAAGAGAAAUAUACUUUUGAAAAAGAGAGAAAAACGGAAAACUCUUGCUGAAGUCUUAUUGCCCCUCUACUCCUUGGGUCUCUUGAUCUUGAUAAAAUUCUCAAUACCCAACCCCAACUUUCCCGAAAUGACAACACCCAGAGGAGAAGCUGAACUGUUCGAGUAUUUUCAACAUUUUCAAAACCACACUGUUGCUGUAGUACCUAAUACCACCGAUACCUUGGACUUUUUGGAAGAAGUCAACAAAUUGUGGUUGGGGACACAGGAAGACCAGGAUCGCCACAAAGAACCCAUAAACUGGUUGGUUUUCCCCAACAAAUCUGAAUUAUUGAAAGCCUACUGGAUGGAACCCAGGCAGAUACCUGUUGCUGUGAUUUUCGAGGAGCCUGGACCCAUCAAUGGAAAAUUAAAGUAUGAAAUAAGGUCUAAUCCUUCCUACCAUGAAACCCCAGCAACUACGAUACUGUACAGUUCCCCUGCUUCGUGCAGACAAUUCACCAGUCAUUGGACCGAUGUUCUACCAAUAGAAUCAGGGGAUAGUUGUCCUGUUAAUGAAUAUUAUUAUUCUGGAUUUGUUGCUCUGCAGGCUUUGUUGGAUUACACCAAAAUCAAGAUUGACUCUGGGAGGGAUGAUAUAAAAAUUCCCCAAAUAUCAUUGGAAAUGUUCCCGAAAGAAGCUUACACAGCCAACUGGAUGCUCAUCUUCCGUGUACUGAUACCACUUUAUAUGGUUACUGCUCUAUCCCAGUUCAUCACUUAUCUGUUGAUACUCAUUGUUGGAGAGAAAGAGAAUAAAAUCAAAGAAGGCAUGAAAAUAAUGGGGCUUAGAGAUUCAGUGUUUUGGUUGUCUUGGUUCAUAAUAUACGCAACCUUUGUUUCGAUCUUUUCUAUAGUGUGUUGUAUCCUUCUCUUCACACUGAGAGUGUUUCAGAAUACCAACUUCCUUCUAAUUUUUCUAUUGGUACUUCUGUUCUCAUUGUCGAUCAUCAUGUUUGGAUUUAUGAUAACACCAUUUUUCGAUAAAUCAAGGACCGCAGGAAUUCUUGGAAAUUUCAUUGUUAUCAUCAUGAGUUUGUUCUAUUUCAUUCAGAUAUUCAUCGAUAGUUCCAAUUCCACCAUAUUGUGGAUUAUAUCACUAAUAAGUUCUUCAGGCUUUGCUCUUGCCAUGGAUAAGGCUUUAGUGAUGGAAUUAUCAGGAGAAGGUGUAAGUUUCGAGAACUUGUGGGACGGUGAAGGGAUUUCUUUCGGAGGAAGUUUGAUCAUGAUGGCUCUGGAUACUGUUAUUUACGGUCUUUUAGCCUAUUAUUUGGACUCUGUUGUUCCCAGUGAAACCGGUAUAAAAAGAAGCCCUUUGUUCUGUUUCAAACCCUCCUUCUGGUGCUCCAAGAAGCCAGUUAAAGAUUAUCCGAUAGCCAACGGAGGCUCUGUAGCAUCACUGAACACUGGUGAAGAUGGCAACGUAGAUGUGGAACCUGUCAACAGAGAAAUGAAAGGAAGGGAGGCUAUAAAAAUUGUGGAUUUAUACAAGUCUUUCACUAAUUGCAGAAAACCCCAGAUCAAGGCAAUAAACGGGAUCAACUUGACUAUAUACGAAGGGCAGAUAACAGCUAUUUUGGGACAUAACGGUGCUGGGAAAACCACCUUGUUCAACAUUCUAACAGGCCUUACUUCUCCUACUUCUGGUACAGCGUACAUUUUUGGCUAUGACGUCAGAGACACAAAUGACAUGGACGAAAUAAGAAGAAUGACUGGAGUGUGUCCCCAACACGAUAUUCUAUUCGACAAUCUAACUCCGAAGGAACACUUGGAAUUUUUUGCUGCAGUUAAGGGUAUUCCGGAGGAGUCAAGGGAGUUUGAAGUGAUGAAGAUCUUAAGAGACAUAGAUUUAAGUGAUAAAGCCAACUCUUUCGCUAGGCACUUGAGUGGUGGUCAGAAGAGGAAACUUUCCAUUGGAAUUGCUCUGAUAGGGGAUCCAAAGAUCAUUAUUCUGGAUGAACCAACAGCCGGGGUAGAUCCUUAUUCCAGAAGACACAUGUGGUCGUUCUUACAAAACAGGAGGCACGGAAAGGUGAUACUGUUAACCACACACUUCAUGGAUGAAGCCGAUAUAUUAGCUGAUCGUAAAGCUGUGGUUUCUAAGGGGAGUAUACGAUGUUGUGGGAGUUCCUUAUUUUUAAAGAACAAAUUUGGGAUAGGAUAUCAUCUCACUUUGGUCCUAGAUGGUGUGGCGAAGGAGCAUCAAAUAGCAAAGCUUGUAACCAGCCACGUUGCCAAAGCAGAGAAAGCUAGAAGGCACGGAAGGGAGCUAAGCUUCAUCUUACCUCACAACGCUGUCAACAAUUUUGCUCCUCUUUUCUCUGCCAUUGAACAAGAGAUCAACAAUCAGAAUGGGAAAUUGGGUAUCUCGAGUUAUGGAGUAUCGAUGACUACUCUUGAAGAGGUCUUCCUUCAUCUCGAAAGAGACGAGGAGGAGCUUGAGGAGGAACAAGUGGAUGAAUUUUCUAAGAAAAUCGUUCGGAGUAGAGCUCUGAGUAGGAGUCUGAGCCUUCAGAGCAAGAGCACCAGCUAUCAGAGUCUCCAAAAUGAAGGAAAUAACAUUGGAAAUAUAGAAACAGAAUGCAACCCGUCUAUUUUCCAAACAUUAUUCGCCCUUCUCCAUCUUCGGGUGAUAAGAAUAUACAGGGACAUUCAAAAAUUGUACUUUAUGGUUUUCUUACCUCUCGGCUUAGCAGCUUUGGGCUUGUAUUUCAACGGAAACCAGACAUUCGAGCCGAAACAGCAAACUUUAGCCUUAAAUGGCACCACUUAUCCAGAUGCCACUUUAGCCAUACAUAAUGAUUCCGGAAAAAAUCUGGACACAUUUCUGGAGGAAAUGUUGUACUCUGGUGCCAGGCAAAUAGACGAGUACAAUGGAAAUUUUUCGUUACUUCUUGAGAUGAAGCCUCACAUGGCAGCCUUGAAUAUAAACGUAUUCAAUUAUCCGGAAUACAGUUUGACUGUUAUAUACAACGAUACUUUCCAGCACGGGUUACCAAUUGUGAUUAAUUUUAUAAGCAAUUCUCUUUACAGGUUGAUGACACCAGACAGUGUCAGAACAGGCCUUUGGGAGCCAAUAGAAGUGAAUGCUCAGCCGUUCCAGCAAACUGCCCAGCCCGAAGGCUUCAAUUUAGGGGUUAUCUCUGCAGCCACCUUUAUGGGCAUGAUUUUUGUCCUGGUACCAGCAAGCUUAUCAGUCGAUAUGGUCUACGAUAGAGAAAUCAAAGCCAAAAAUCAAUUACGAGUGAACGGGCUAUCUUUCUGUCUCUACUUCAUAACCUACCUGCUGGUCUUGAUGGGUCUGAUGUUGAUUAUAUGCAGCGCCCUCUUCCUGAUAAUAGCGCUGUUCAAAAUACCGACGCUAGCCGGCUGGCCGGCCCUUUUAACCCUUGCAGUUUUGAUAUUUUUAUAUUGUCCGUGUUCGAUACUGUUCAACAUAUGCGUGAGCUACGUCUUCGACAAAACAGACACUGCGCAAGCUAUGCUUCCCAAUAUAACAACUUUCUUAGGGAUGAUACCGUUCUAUUUCGUGAUGUUCCUCGAUAUGAUGAGGAUUGGUGGUAAAGCGUCCUUCAUUCUCCACACCGUUUUUUCACUGGUGAACACCAUGUAUAUGCCCUUCGCUAUAAUUUACUAUGUACAGCGUGUUUUUAUAAUGUGUAAACAUAACUACGCCUGCGGAGAGCUGAGUAUAACAGAUUAUUUGACCAAUGAGAUCGUUAUAAUGUUGGUUGGUAUAUUUGUCAGCAUGCCGUUUUGGUUCUUCGUGUUGGUGGUCUUGGAUAUCAAGAAAAGUGGUGGGAGUGUGGGGGAUGCUCUGAAAUGCUUCUUCUCCAAGCAAGAUGCGCCUGAAGUAGUUGAUGAUAUAAGCGAGAUGAGUGAUAUUGGGGAGAACGAGGAUAAUGACGUGAAAACCGAACGUUUGAAAGUGAAAAAUUUGCUGCACACUCAGACGGAAACUCCCCCGGUGGUUAUUGUGCAGAAUCUGCAUAAAGAGUACAACAAGGAUUCUGUGAGGGUGUGCGAAUGCUGCUUCAAGAGGGAGGAAGAAGUCGAGUCUCCCAAGACCAUCAUCAAAAGCCUAUGUUUGUCUGUGGAGGCUGGUGAAGUUUUCGGGUUGUUGGGACAUAACGGCGCCGGUAAGACGACAACGAUGAGGAUUAUAACUGCUGAAGAAGCGCCUACUAGAGGCAGGGUGCAAAUCUGCGGAAAAAGUAUCACUUCGAACAUGAACGACGUGUUCCAUCUCCUCGGUUAUUGUCCGCAACACGACGCCCUCUGGAAGAACAUAACGGUGAGGGAACACUUGGAAUGUUACGCAGCCAUCAGGGGAGUCCCCCGAUCCAAGAUCCCCAAGGUGGUCAAUCUGUACCUUAGCGGUCUGCAAAUUCACGAGCACGCUGAGAAGCAGACGCAGCAAUGCUCCGGGGGCACCAAGAGGAAACUGUCCUUCGCCAUGGCCAUGAUCGGCAACCCCAAGAUAGUCUUGUUGGACGAACCUUCCACCGGGAUGGACCCCAAGAGCAAGCGCUUCUUGUGGGAUACUAUAAUUGCCAGCUUUCAGGGAUCUAGAGGUGCUAUCUUAACUACGCAUUCGAUGGAGGAAGCUGACGCUUUGUGUUCGAGAGUAGGCAUAAUGGUCAAAGGAGAACUAAGAUGCUUGGGGCCCACCCAACACCUGAAGAAUCUUUACGGUGCCGGAUACACCCUGGAGAUCAAACUGAAGGGUGGGGACAGUACCCCCACCUCCACCACGGGGGAUAAAGGCAACGAUCUGAGAGAAUUCGUAGCUAAUCUCUUCCAAGACGCCAAUCUCUUAGAGAGCUUCGCCGACAGAUUAGUUUUCAGUGUUCCACAAUCUUCGGUGCCUUCUUUGGCCAAAUGCUUCACCAGUCUCGAAAAAGCUAAAAUUGACCUCGACAUUGAGGAAUAUAGCUUUAGCCAGACAACUCUGGAACAAGUUUUCCUCAAAUUCGCGCAGUACGACGAAGUCAACUCUGAAUAAACUGCCUCCUUCGAUCCUAAGUUCCUCUCAGUUCAACGUCAAUAUUUAAGGAAUGAGGUGAAUCUACCACCGGGCAUCGGAAAAAUGUAAUCCAUGAUUUUAAUGAAAUAUCGAUUGAAUUGCAGCGGUUUUUAAGAAUUCGUUCUGUUGUUCGGUCAAUUCGUCAAGUUUACGUAGCUGUAACACAUCGAAAAACGUAUCAGAAUUAUCUGGAUCUCCCCAAAAAAUUUAUUGAAAGGUUACGAUGGCAAAUUUCUUUGAUUUUCGACAAAACUCUACAUUCCUCAGUGCCAAAUGCAUAAACAUUCCUGCUUUGAAAAUCCAAUCGAUGUGUUAUGGCGUGUUCUUCGAUAAACUUGAUGGAUGGUUCGUAAUGAACUGUAGAAUUUUCUAGUCAAUUUUUAAUAACAUGAUUAAAGAUAUGAUAUAGGUGUGGAUGUAAUAAUCGGAAGGUUUUUGAGGUUAUCUGUGAUUUUUAGAGUAUUGCAGAUUCUGAAGAGUUGAAAUUUAAAAUUGUUCAAAUUGUGCUAUCCGCCCUUAAAAAUGAAAACGUAUUAAUUUGAGAAUAACAACAAUUUUCUUGGAGUGAGAAUAAGAGUUAUGUAAUGAAAAAUGGGAGAUUGUUCCAACGAAAAUUUUUCAAUAAUCCCUUCUUGUGUGUUCUUAAUAUAAGACUAGUGCCUAAUGUUAUCGUUGUUGAUGAUUUCAAUGGUUUCACAUGAUUUUUCCACCCAAAAAUAGGCUGUUCCCUAGUUUUAGGUGGAAUCCUUGGCUUUUCUCACCUCAAUAUUUCGUUUCUAAGCAAACUAUCGCAUGAAAAAUAAUGUUUAAGGUAUGCGUUGUUUUUUCAGAAUUUUCUAGUGAGAAUGUUUGUUUUCGAAGUUUAUCUGAAGUUAUUCAUUUUUACCUAUAUGAAAUUUUUUAUGUCAUAUUGUUGGUUUAUGCCUCCCUUGUGUUGCUAUUCCCAUUCAGUGUAAUUUUUCUUUCAAUAAAUAAUGAACAAGA